UUGAUAACACAUUGUAAUGCCAUUUCUAUGGGUCCUGUGGAUGAAUUACAACAGUGUCAUUUUUAUGGGUUUUGUGUUUGGAUUAUAAGAGGGAUUUACAUGAGAGAGAUGGUACGCUGAUGAUCAUACGUUCAUAUAUACAAUUAGGUUACGUCUACCAAUGCCGUACAUCAUGACUUCUAUCUUGUUUCUUUGUUGCUCUCGGAUUUACGUCCCUUUUGAGAACCUGCACACGUGUACAGACAUCACGAGUUUUAAGUGAACUUACACAAAUUUCUGAUCUGCACAAAACCGUAGCAGUGAGAGUGGUUUUAUUGUAUAAACGCAUCCAUUUUACGAAGCUAUUCGAAAGACCCGUGACUGUUACGGGGGCCUGACGGAGAAACAAUCACUACCUUAUCUGAAACGUCGUAUGUGGGACCCGGCGCCGGGAUCAAACACAUGCUAAAGAAGAUGGCUACAUUACCAGAAGAUGUAUCCUCUCCCCUGGUCAAAUUACUGCUGGAAAACGCGCGACUCACCGCCACCAUAAAGACUGGGUAUACGCCAUACAGUGUUAGCUGUCUCAGUGAUGAAGAAUUCUGGACAAUUGCGGAAGAUGAAAUCAUUAGGCUCCAUAACCUCCAGGGCCAACUACUGACGUCAAUCCAAACCGAGUCAGGACACAAGGCAUGGGACAUCGCAGUUACACAGGAGGGGAAUUUAGUUUAUACUGACCCUGAUAAAGGAACUGUAAACCUAGUGAAAAAUAAACAGAUACAGACACUGUUUACACUACAGGGGUGGAAACCUCGUUAUAUCUGCAUUACCUCCACUGGCGACCUCCUGGUUACCAUGCGCAGUAAAGAUUAUAAACAAUCCAAAAUUAUGCGUUACUCUGACUCUAAAGAGACACAAACAAUUCAGUUUGAUGAUCAGGGUCGUCCUCUGUAUUCAUGCGGUACUUCCCCAAGAUUCAUCUGUGAGAAUAGGAAUGGGGAUAUCUGCGUAGCUGACAACGAAGCUAAAGCAGUAGUGGUGGUCAAUCAGUCAGGAAAACUCCGAUUUAGAUACACUGGUCAUCCCUCUAAUACCAAGCAAUCAUUUGAUCCAGUCGGCAUCACUACAGACAGCCAGAGCCACAUUCUGACAGCAGAGUUUACCUAUCACCUUAUCCAUAUGGUAGAUCAGGAUGGACAGUUCCUCUGUUAUAUUGAAAAAUGUGGUUUACUUCGUCCAUGGGAUUUAUGUGUUGACACAAAAGACAAUCUCAUUGUUGCUGAAUUGAGUUGUAGAGUGAAAAAAGUCACUUACCAAUAAUCACAAAGUUUAUUACAGUUCUGAAGAGUUUGUGAUAAUUAAAUAGUCACUUCGGUAUAUGACCACUCGUUAUAGUAACCUAAACUCAAGUUCACAUUUUAAUACGGGAUAUGAUGAAGAACUCUCUCUCUCUACCGGUAUAUAUGACCACUCGCCAGAGUGCCCCCAAUUAAACUCAAGUUCACAUUUCAAUAUUAUGAUUAAGAACUCCCUCAACCGGGAGCUUUCGGUAUAAAGUAUAAGUUAGGAUAAAUCCCUCUGUCGGGAGCAUUCAGUGUAAAGUAUAAGUUCGG